CAGGAGCAUAACAUCUACAGAUGGAGUAAAUCAGUCGGAUGUGUGGUCAGAGCGCAUGGGGAGCGCACUCCGUGGGACUGUUUGUGCGUCAGUGACACUCUCCAUCCGGUCACAGCCCUAACCCUAACCCCAAACAGCCACUGUCCUGGAGGAGGAUGCCUUCCUUGCACCACGGAGCAAUCUUCGUAGGAGCCUUCCUCAUUGUGACCGGGGGCUCCACAGCCUUCCUGGCCUCGUCCCAGAGCCGCCUGCAGGCUUUCUCCCUGUGCUGCGUGGUGCUGGGGGUGGUCAUGCUCAUCCUGGGACUAUUCUGGGCUAUGAACAGCAAAAGUGCCGCAAACUACAACCACCGAGAGUUCGACCCAGAGUGCCCACAUUAUCCAUUCAACGACUACCCCAACUUCGGCAGCAAUGCCCUCUUCUCACCCCCAGGGAGCCGCUUCCCAGAAUCCCAGUCGGUGUUUCUGCCCAGGACAAUGGAGCACCACAGACAUGGUGCUCGAGGGGAGGAAUUCGAUUACCCUCCCAUGGACCCUGUUGGUUUCAGCCCAUCGCCUCGCCCUCCUCCGUGGCAGGAGCCCCCCCCUCCCUAUGAGGUGGCCAUCAAGACCACAUGCAGCUCCACACACCUGCGACGUGCAUACUCAGACACACACCUGGCAUCAGAGCCCCUGUUUGGACGGUCGAGAGAGAUCAGCUUUGAAGUGUGAAGCUGGAUAAUACGGACAGUGAAAAAUAAAGAGCCAUCAGACGGAGGCUUUCACUCAGACUCUGCAAAAGCUGCCUUCUGACAGAAACAAACUUUAUCAAAUACUUGAAGCAUGCUUCUUCCUGAUGUUGACCAGUGGGUCCUAGCAUGCUUUACCUAACUUAUCUCUAAUUAAAAUGCAGGUGUAAAUGCAUAUUUUAAUGCUGAAAUGAAAGGUACAUCAUACCAAAUACAGCCUUAGAAGCCCAAAACAAAGCACCAAAUAUAAAUGUAAAAGCACAUACGUUCUGGACAGUUUUAUCAAGUCACAGUUGUUUUUAGCCUUUACGCUAAA